GGCCCGGGAUGGCGGCGUUGGAGGAGGCGGCGCCGGCGCUGCUGACGGACCUGUACCAGUUCACGAUGGCCUACGGGUACUGGCGGGCCGGGCGGCACCGCGAGCCGGCCCAGUUCGAGCUCUUCUUCCGCCGCUGCCCCUUCCAGGGCGCCUUCGCCUUGGCCGCCGGCCUCGCCCAGGGCCUCGCCUUCCUCCGCGCCUUCCGCUUCUCCCGCGCAGAUAUUGAGUAUCUGGAGUCGGUCCUUCCCAUCACCACGGAGAAAGCGUUCUUUGAUUACUUGCGCACGGUGGACGCCUCCGAAGUCUCCAUCUCGUCAGUCCCAGAGGGCUCUGUGGUCUUCUCCAGGGUGCCGAUAUUCCAGGUGAAGGGCCCUUUACUAGUGGUGCAACUUCUGGAGACCACCUUGCUGUGUUUGGUGAACUAUGCCAGUCUCGUCACAACGAACGCAGCCCGGUUCCGGCUCACUGCGGGCCCAGACAAGAAGCUGAUGGAAAUGGGGCUGCGUCGGGCCCAGGGACCAGAUGGGGGCCUCUCUGCUUCCAAAUAUUCCUAUGUGGGCGGUUUCGACUUUACCAGCAAUGUCUUAGCAGGUAAACUCUAUGGGAUCCCAGUGCGGGGGACCGUGGCCCAUUCCUACGUGUCUUCAUUCACCUCGCUGGCGGAGGUGAACCCACGGGUUCUGCAGCCCCUGUGUGGAGGGGAACCCGUGGACUUUCCUUCCUUAGUGGAGGCCUGGCUCAGCAAGGUUUGCCAGUUGCUCAAAGUCCCCCUCGAGCGAGUAAACUGUGGGGAGCGGGCAGCCUUUGUGUCCUACGCCCUCACCUUCCCUCACAACUUCCAAGGUCUUGUGGACACCUAUUGCGUUAUGAGAAGCGGCAUUCCAAAUUUCUGUGCCGUAGCCCUGGCACUGAAUGAGCUGGGAUACCGAGCCAUCGGCGUGCGCCUGGACAGUGGAGACUUGGCCCGACAGUCGGUGGAGAUACGGCAGCUGUUUCGGACCUGCAGCACGCAUUUUCAGGUCCCUUGGUUUGAACACGUCCCCAUCGCGGUGAGCAACGAUGUGAGCGAAUUGAGCCUUGAGGAGUUGUCACAGGAGGGGAAUGAAAUCGACAUGAUCGGCGUGGGGACGCACUUGGUGACGUGCCCACUGCAGCCUUCCUUGGGCUGCGUCUACAAGCUGGUGACAGUCAGCGGCUGCCCACGACUGAAGGUGACUGAAGAUGAAGAGAAGACCACUAUUCCGGGCAAAGUUGUUUACAGGCUGUGGGAUGCUGCAGGAUUCCCAUUUAUGGACCUGAUGGCUCUGGAAGAAGAGCCUCCUCUAAGGGCCGGGGAGGAAGUUGAGUUCUGGCUGCUAGGAAGAACCAGGAAACCUGGAAAGGUGACUCCUGCUGCCGUGGAAAUCCUACACCGUCUGUACUUCAAAGAUGGACAGGUUUGUCAGGCACUGCCCAGCCUCGAGGAGAUCAAGAAGCACGCCCAGGCCUCCUUGGACAAGCUCAGCCCUGCCCACAAGAAACUGCAAGACCCAGAGGCCUACCAGGUAGCCGUGACGCAGAAGCUCCACGCACUCCUCGCUGAACUUCAGCAAAAUAGCCAGUGAACCGCCCGGCCAUCCUUCCUGCUGGGACCAGAAGCAAGCAGUGGCUCCGUUCCAAAUGCCAAGUGGACCUACGCCUUGCGCGGCCGCACAGUUUUCGCACCUUCUCUUCUUUUAGUCCACAGGUGUCAAACUCGCGGCCCUCCAGAUGUUAUGGACUACAGUUCCCAUCAUCCCCUGCCA